AUGUCAUCCGGCGUCGGGCAUGAGGCCCUCAACCCGAUCAAUCCUGCAUUACUUCCCAGACUCGAGCCAAAGUUUAUCGAGCUCUACAAUACUCACGUGGCCAAUACUCCGAACAAGCCCAUUGACUUGGAUGUCCUUCGCAAGGUGUACUCAAGGCUCUACGGCUAUGGCACCGCCCCCGCGCCAGACUGCGCAAAAGAGUACGAAACGACGGUACCGGGAUGGGAAAAAUAUCCGGGUGACAUAAAGAUUCGGGUUUAUGUGCCACAUGGAGAGCAGCCAGCAGAGGGAUGGCCUGUCCACUUCGAUUUUCACGGUGGUGGCUGGGGCCUUGGCGAUCUCGAAACAGAAUCGCACAUCUGUAGGCAUAUCUGCGUGAAGGCAUCUGUCAUUGUCGUCGACGUCGAUUACCGCCUCGUUCCCGAGUUUCCCUUCCCAACUGGCCUGUAUGACUGCUUCUCUGUUGUCAAGAGCGUCCUCGCAGAACACAAGAGCUACGCUGUGAACCCAGCAAUUAUCACAUUCGGCGGUGUGUCGGCUGGCGGCAACAUUGCGCUGGCUGUGAACCACCUCUGCCGCGAUGCAGGGAACAAGGUCAAGGCCGUCGUCGUUGGCACGCCGACCAUUGCGGACAUCUCUCAGUUCCCAACCGCGGCUGAUGCCGGCAAAGUCUACCCCUCGCUUGGGGAGAUGGAGUUUGCCCCUCUUCUCAAUUGGGCGCGUUUAAAGUGGUUCGACACGUUGAAAUGGGCGUCGCUGUCACAGGACAACGAUGUUCUGCGGGCAGAGCAAGAGCAGGACGCGGGAUGGUUCCGAGACCUUAUGACAGCACCAAACUGUGAAAAUCUUGCCGAUCUAACGGUCGUUAUGACAGCAGAAUGCGAUCCUUUGCGAGAUGAGGGCGAGGCUUACGGUAACAUGAUCAAGUCGAAGGGAAACGAUGUUAUCAUCAAGAGGUUUGCAGGUGUUCCACACCCAUUUCAGCACAUGGAUGCCGCUCUGCCACAGGCGAGUGAGUUUAUUGAAGACACAAUCCAGCAUGUCAAAUCAGUACAGUAG